AUGAUAAAACUGUCAAAAAAUGAGCAUCUUAUAUGGAAGCCUGUAAUAGAGGAAAGCAAAUACUUGAAUCGCCUAGGAAAUAUUUAUUUCUCUCAGAAGAAAAUAGAAGAGGCUAUUAAGGCGUAUAAUAAAGCACUGGAAUUGAGCACAGAGGCACAGGCCACAGAGGUUCAAGAAAACAUUGACAUGCUAAAACAGUGGAUAUCAAGAAAAGAGCCUAUUCUAAGUGAGUGCCCAGAAGUCAUGUGCUUGUUUAAAUCGCUAGGGUAUACUAGUGACAAUCCUUCUACUAUAGAAUACAUCAAUAAUGCAAUGCGCACCGAGCUAAAGAUAGAAUCUGUGGGCUUACUAGAAGAAAUAGCAAAGGAGCUCUCAAAAAAUAUUUCAGACAACACGGGAACAGAGCGGGUUCUAAAUAUUUUAUCUCUAUGCAGUCUGGUCAAAUUCAAGAAGUCUAUUCUUACAGCAACAGAGAUUUCAGAAAGUAAUAUUUCUGUGAUUUACAACCAUAUUCUGUUCUGGUGCAACGAAAACACACAAAUUGACACAGAUGUUGCCAAUGCUGCAAUUGAGUGGUACACUUCCAAAUACUCCACUGCAUCACAAAAGCUUGUAGCAAAGCAUGCUGUGCUUCUUGUUAUGACAAAUCUUUCUAAGAGUGGAUCUGUAAAAGAGUUUAAUGAAAUAUUUAUGAAAGUUAAGGACCACAUAAAAGAAGACACAAAGGAUUUAGAACGAAUAACUGAAAUGAAAUUAAAAUUAGAAGAAAUAAACAGCCCCAUAGACGAAGACAAAUCCGUACUGGAAAAUAUAGAGGUUCCGUUAGAGACGGCCAAUAAAAAAGAGACGGAGCCAAAACAGCAGCAGCCGACCGUAAAAAACUCAAGCGAGCUAUUGUCUAAAAGAGAAGAAGUUAUGCGAAUGCUGACAGAAACAGGACCAGGUAAUAAAAAAUCUAGUAAAAAAUCUAAGAGAACAAGGCCAGAUGAAGAGGAAGAAAAGCCUGCAAAGAGACAGAAAAUAAAGCAAGAGGACAAAGAAGAGAGAAAGCCUAGAAAUUCAUCUGUUAAAAAGCCGAGCAGCACAGCAGUAUCUAGCGAUGACGAUGAGACUGCAUCCAUUAAAAAACAUAAAGUCAAAGCAGGCAAAGAGAGAAAAUCAGAAGAGCCCGAACCAGUGGCCAUUAAAAGAGCUUCUCACACGGUUUUGUCCAGUGAUGAAGAAGACUGA